GGUUUACAAACAACACAGGCUAUAACCCCAGAGCACGUGAAGACCUGAGUAGAGUUGAAUGCAUGCUUGCCUCAUUAUUGUAUGCACUUUUAACACCCGCGGCCUAGCUGUGGUUAUAAGCCUCGGGUUUGCCUGCGUUGUUUAUCCCGAACAACUGGGGGGUUGCUCAGCGACACGGAUCUGAGUGGUGGAGAUGUUGGGAGUCCAAGUGAAUGGAGAAGGGGUCUGGAUCCUGCCUUAUGUUGUCAUUGACGUUCUGUGACGGAUCGACGUGUUGACGGAAGAGGGGCUAUGGCUUUUGAGGAGAUCAAGAGUAAAGGAGGAAUGGAUAUGGUGAUGGACGGAGAAAGAGGCCUUGUAGCCGGUCGGAGCCAGAGAGAGAAGAGGAGGUCCUACAAGGAUCUGUUGAGGGAGGAAGAGGAGAUCGCUGCUCAGGUCCGGAAGUCUUCCAAGAAGCGCCCAAAAGAUUCAGAGCUGUUCAUGCUCGGAGGAGACUCGCACAAGAAGAAGAAGAAACACAGCGAUGACUACUACUACAGAGACCACGAUGGCCCUCCUUCCCACAAGAAGAAGCACAAAUCUGCAGACCGCUCCCCCAUGUCCUCCCCCUCCUCCUCCCUCCCAACAGACACAGCGAUGGGCCUCCUGCAGGCCAUCACCUCCCCUCUGGCCACCGGUUCAGACCCCAGCCCCCAUUUACACAAGAAACCCUCGUACCCUCCUUUCUCCUCGCACUCCUCCAAGGACCGUAAGCGUGAGAGCAGCAGCGGCGGCGGCGGAGGAAGCAAAGGCAGCCAUUCCUUCUCUCACAACCGUCCUCCAUCCUCUUCCUCCUCCUCAAAGAAGCACUCCUCCUCCUCCUCAAAGUCGUCCCUGUUUCACGGCGGCGCCCCCAAAGAGGAGCCGCUGACGCUGCGGGAGGCCGACGGGCUGAAGAUGAAGCUCAUCAUGUCGCCGGAGAAAGAGGAAGGAGAGACGUUCCCGUUCCCGCCUCCUCACUCGUCUAAAGGAGGCGGGAAGAAGGAGAAGGACAGAGACCGGACGCAGCACUCGAAGACGCCCAAGAAGAAAGUCCAGCAGAGCAGAGAUCCACUGCCUGUGGUGGGGAAAGAGGUGGAGGUGGAGGGUCAUUACGGAGGAGGCAUGGGAGACGACAGCUCUUCCUCUGGGGCAGAACUGGAGGCCGGUGAACUGGUUAUAGACGAUUCGUACACACACCUGUCCAAGAAGAAGAAGAAGAGCAAAAAGAGCAAGAAGAAGAAGGACAAGGAAAAAGACCGAGACAAGGAGAAAAGUGGGAAGGACAAGAAGCACAGCAAGGGGUUUGGAG